AUGGAUUAUGAAGUGCCGCUGUUAGGCGCACACCAGACGAGCCGUGACGAAGAACACGAACAGCAACAGCAGCAAGAGCUGGAUGCUCGUCAGCAGAGCUUAUCACCGUCCGAUCUAGAUUCCUCACGAGCCGCGGCGGCGUACAGUCGUCCCGGGGACUCCGCCGCCGCAUUUGGCGGCGAUUGGCGCGGAAAGCUUGCGGCUGUCGGGCAGCGCGUGCGCGCGUCGAGCGCGGAGCUGGGGAAGCGCGUCACGGAGGCCGCGACAGCUGUCGGAAGCCGAUUGGAGGAACAGGUUUCCGUUGUCGGCGAGCGCGUUAAAGACCUAGUUCUGCCGACCACACAGGCGGAUAUAUUAGUAGACCGCGCCACGGCGGAGGAGCUGCUCGCUCCCCAUUGGUCCACCGUCCUGCAAAUCUCCCACCUCCUUCAGAACGGCCAUGUUCCCGGCGGCGACGUCGCACGGGCCCUGCGACGUCGCCUGGCGACGCGGGAUUCGCACGUGCAGCUGCUCGCGCUGGCGGUCGCGGAGUCGGUUGUCGGAAGCGCGCCGCAGAUUCUGGGGGACAUUGCGCGGGAAGGCGUGUUAGGCGACAUGGCGCGAAUGGCGGUGGAGCCUAAGACGCAGGCGCGCGUCAGGGAGAAUGUUUUAAGACUGAUCGAGGCGUGGGCUGCGCCGAUGGAGGCGACGCGGUACUUCCCCGCUUUCGAAGAGACGUUUAGGGAGCUCAAGGAGAAAGGGGUGACAUUCCCUGUGGUCACUGCACCCCCUCAGCGCAUCCCCCGGCUCCUCCCCUUCGAGUCCGUUCUCGGAGACUCUUAUAGAGGAGCAGGGCGUAUUCACAUCACCAGACCUCCCUCCGAGCUGCCGAACCAGCACCGGGAGGUCGUUGCCAUGCCUGCGGACUUCCUCACCGGACCUAACGCCCAGGGUCGGCGGACCACACCGCACGUGAGGUUCGUCAUGCCUGGUGGCGGUGGCGGCACUGCUGGUGCUGCUGGUGCUGCUGCUGGUGCUGCUGGUGCUGCUGCUGGUGCUGCAGCUGGAGGGAGAAAUGACCACGCACACAGGCAGCACCAUCAUCAUCAUCAUCACAAUCACCAUCAGCGGCAGCGGGAGGGGGCGGAGGAGGCAGCGUGGAUGGGUGCAGGAGAGGCAGAGGCGGAUCCUAAGACAACUUUUGCAAUGGCAAGAAACGCUGCAGACCUGCUCACUACCAUGCUCACAUCAGCGCCUGCAACUGAAGCUCUCAAGCGGUUGCAGCGGCUGUUGCUGCAGAUGCAAUGCUGCCAGAUGACUUUCUCCCUCCUGUACCACAGUCCCCAUGCUUCUGCUCAUCUAGACCUUUUAACGCUGCUUUUCGUGUUGCUCCCUCUUCCCCUCGCUUCCCUCCCUCCCUCCCUCUCUCUUUCCCUCACCUUGCUGGCAGAUGACUCGCUGCUGUUUGAUGGCCUCUCCGUCGCUGAUAACCAGGACACUGAUUCUCAUCAUCUUCUCCUCUUCCCCUCGCCUCCCCGCCUGCCGUUUCACAUUUCUCUCGCCUCCCUCCCUUUCCCUCUACUGCCCACACAGGACGAAGCUGUGGUGUCGCUUGCCGCCCAGUGCCGGGCGGCAAAGCGUUCUUUGCAGCGGCUGCUGCAGCAAGAGACGGUGCUGGCAGAUGACUCGCUGCUGUUUGACGGCCUCUCUGCUGUUGAUGACGUGGAUGCCGCCCUUGCCAGGCUGGCAGCCAUGCGGGAUGAAGUGAAGGGGGCUCAGGGGAAGAAACAGCACAGACGGGGGAAGGGGAGGGGGAGGAGUGGGGGGGAGAGUGCUGCGGAGAGUGGGGAUGGGACAGGGAAGGUUGCUGAGUGGGUGAUCGGGUGUGGAGGAGAGGGUGUUGGUGGUGGGAGUGAAGGGGGGUUGGUGGGGACCAUAGAGGAGGGUGAGGAUGAAGGGUAUGAGAGUGGGGAGGAGGAAGAGGAGGAAGAGGAAGGGGAGGCAUUGGAGAGAGGGAGACGUCGUUCUUUGGAAGGAGAUGGAGAGGGUAGGGCGAGUAGUGGGGACGGGGAGGGCAGGGGAACACAGGAGGAGGGAAACACAGUCAAGGUUGGAGGAGUGAAGGAAGGGGAUAGCUCCUUUGGAGGAGAGGGGGGUGUGGUGGAAGUUGGGGGUGCGAUUGGAGCAGUAACUGGAGCUGACGCAGUGGAGGGGAGGGUGGCUGAUGAGAUGCGUCCUGGUGGAGUGGCAACAGGUGAUUCUGCUGCUUCUCCUGCUGGUGAGGGUGGAUUGGCGGAGAAGACAGAGGGGAGCGGCGAGGUGUAUUUCUAA